CCUUUACUCGGGAUGUCUGGCAACUUGGGGACAGUGACCCGGACCCUGUUCCUCCUCCUCCUUGCACCUGGCUGGGUAGAACCGCAGGCCUGCACGUAUCCAUGCCAGUGUCCCUCCCAGCCUCUGCAGUGCCCCGCUGGCACCAGCCACGUGUUGGAUGCCUGUGGUUGCUGCAAGGUGUGUGCCAGGCAGCUUGGCGAACUCUGUUCCCUGCAGAAACCCUGUGAUCAUCACAAGGGACUCUACUGCGACUUCUCCAAAAUCCACAGAGGCAGCGGGAUCUGCUUAGCUCACGAGGGUGCAACUUGUGACCUGCUGGGCAAGAUCUACCACAACGGGGAGAGCUUCCAGCCCACCUGCAAGCUGCAGUGCAUCUGCAUGGACGGGGCCAUCGGCUGCAUCCCCCUCUGCUCCGACGACCUGCGGCUCCCGUCCCCCGAGUGCCCCAAGCCCCGGCGGGUGAAGUUUCGCAAUAAGUGCUGCGAAGAGUGGAUCUGCGAGGAGGGCAGUGAGGAAAACCGCUUCGAAACGGCCAUGGCGGUUUUCAGGGAGGAUCCAGCACAGAAGCCAGAGCUGAAUAACCUGCAGGAGAACUGCUUGGUGCAGACCACCGAGUGGAGCGCUUGCUCCAAGAGCUGCGGCAUGGGCAUCUCCGCGCGAGUGACCAACGACAACCCCCAGUGCCGCCUGGAGAAGGAGACCCGGCUCUGCAUGGUCCGGCCCUGCGACUUCCCCGUGGAAAAAACCAAGAAGGGGAAGAAGUGUGUGCGGACCCCAAAGCCACGCCAGAGCCUCCACUUCGAGUUUUCGGGCUGCACCAGCACCCGUUCCUACCGGCCCAAGUUCUGCGGCAGCUGCACGGACGGCCGCUGCUGCACCCCGUACGUCACCAGCACCGUGGAGGUGGAGUUCCGCUGCCCCGAGGGGGACUUCUUCCAGCGGAAGAUGAUGUUCAUCAAGAUGUGCUCCUGCCACUACGACUGCCCCCGAGACAACGACAUCUUCCUGGCCACGUAUCACAGGAGGAUGAUUGGAGACCACGUCAAGACAGAGAGGCAGUAGCCCUCUCCGUGCCAGAUCCACAGGCCAAGGUGUCAAGAGGGCUCUGCAGCGCUUUCGUGGCUGCGUCCCAGGACAAUGCAGCCUCUUCCCCCUCUGUGAGGGGCUGUGCUCUUCGGAACAGCACCGUUCGCCACCAGUGGUCCCAGUGGCCUUCCAAACAAGCCGAGGUGCGGGGAGGAACAGCCCCAUCUGCUCCGGGCUCCUCACCUUCACUCAUGGCGUUGCAAAGGUCGGUGAAAGAACCAGAAACAGGCUUGAGCUGCAAACUUGAUCCAUGUUCCCACUGACCAGAUGGGAGAGUGGAUCAAAGCCGCGUGGCUCCAGCCUGUCUCCAGCUGCGAGCGCAGCGGGUACGAUUCCCCGUGGCCACUGGCCUGCCAAAACCAUGCGGCAAACCCAGAGCACGAGACAGGGGAAGCCCGGGAGGCCUGAGCUAAAGCCGGGCUCCGCAGCCUGCUUUCCGGCAGAGCGGGGCUCUGCUGCGUGUUGAUGCAAAGCUUCUCGGUGAGGGAAGUGGUCCUGGCCCCGCGCUGGGCUCCUGCUGAGCUUUUCCAUUAUUUUUGGCUAAUCGGAUCCAACAAGUUGGCAAAAGCCCUUCGCCAUCCUUGUGCCCACCUUUCACCCUCCCGCGUGCUUUCCCGUCCGCAGCUUUGUUCCAGAUCAGUUUGCUCCUAGAGAGGCCGGAUCAUCUGCUGGGUGACCCGUUCUCCGGGCGGCUCAAGGCUGGGCUGUCUUUUUGUUUUUUCCCCGUUAAAUUCCUUUUAGCCUUGCGUGCCAGUGAGGCGGACAGCGAAGACAAGGAAACGGCGAGUCAUGUCGUGUCACUGCGGGAGACAGAGCAUGGCUCCGGGCCUCCUCCGGAAGAUCUGAGCCCAGGAAGGAGCUUCUUCAUAGAAAAAAGGAUUCGGCCAGGCUGUAGCUUUGCCUCUGGCGCUGGCAGGGCAGUGGUCCCUGGGGUCUGUUUCAGACCCGAGGAGCUCUUCCAGUGUGAAAUGGGGGUGAGCCAGGCUGCCAGGCUGAAACACGUCCGCUGCGGGUGCUGCUCGUGCCAGUUUUUAGUGCCGUGAUGAGCACGUCCUGUUGUCCCUUUCGGUACUCUCUUCAGAAAUGGCUCCGGGGUGGGCGAGGGGCUGGACUCCACCGGCUCACACAUCCACAGUGGGGCUGCAGCGUCGUUUCGGCUCCGGAGUCUUUGCUGGGGGGUCGUAAGUUGGAGGAACGCAGUUCAGCUCGGGUCUCCCCGGGGAGUUUAAGGCACUGGCAAGAAAAAUGCCCGUCUUUGUAAAUGGAGCAGAUCCUUUCCGGAGUUACCGAGGCAGCGGCACGGAAAGCUGCGUGGUGCCGGGGUCUCCAGCGGUGGGGUUCCCUUCUUGCCAAACCUGUGCAGAGCGGGAGAGGCCACCGGCACAGGAGCGGUCCCGUAAGCCCCCAGCCCGGCUGGCACAGCCGGCAGCGAUGCAGCUCCCUGCACCUCGGCAGCUCCGUGCCGUCUCUGAAGUCUUACCAGUUGCGUUUAGUCUGUGCUGAUUUUUAGCGGAAACAUCCAGUUAAAGGGCCUGAUCUCGUUCCUUAAAUCUUCCCUGCCUUUCACCACUGGAAAUCAUGAUGGAAUUCCUGGUCCCAGCCGGGCAGGAGCAGGGGCCACGCCGCAGCACCGAGGCUUUACCCCACCACAGCUCCCACCCCAAAGCAGAACCUGAUGCCGGAGGAUAAUCCCAGCCGCCAACAAACGCUGCCCUGCAGCCCCCGACUCCGCCGAAACGCCGGCUUGGGGCCUGUGUCGUGUCUCAGCCCCUCUUUUCUUGCUCUCUCAGCCUGCGGAAGCUCGUGAGCCUUCAGCCUCCUGUAAUCAAUCUGAACUGUAAAUAAUUUAUCUGAGGUUCUUUCUUUUGUUUUUCUAAAGGCCGUUGUACAGUUCUUGUAUCCUUUUAGCACAGCCUUGCUCGGGGCCUUUUCUCCCCUUGCCCUCCAGGUCUGCUCUGAACUUUUCUCCUGCCGUUUACACGGCUUCUGAGUGUAAAACUACGCUGACGUUGCACUUUACUC